UAUGGGUGUGUGGUGGUCUUCUGUCUACGGUCUUGUAGUUUAGACGACAGGGGCCAACGCGCAGCCACCAUUCUAUGACUGCCACCGUUUGGAAGUGAGCCGGUGGAUCUGUUAUUUGGUUUAUGUAUUCACAAUGCCUGCUAUUCAAAGCUUAACGAUGACUUACGACGCGUUAAAUGAGUACGGGACGUUUUCAGAGGGAGACACUCUCACUGGAAAAGUAACGCUGGCCUUGUUAAAGGACACCCCAGUUGAAAGCCUGUUUGUUAAAGCUAAAGGAGACGCUGAUGUACGUUGGACGAAGAAGGUCGGCGAUCGCAACCAUACAUACUCUGCACACAAGCGAUAUUUCAAGAUGAAGCAGUUUUUAAUCCCAGAGAACUCUAAUGAAACUUUAGUUCCCCAAGGAACCCAUGUCUAUAAAUUCAGCUUUACCAUACCACCAGGAAGCAGCCCUUCAUCCUUCAAGGGGAGUCAUGGAAAGAUUGUCUACAAGCUGGAAGCCAAGUUGUCCAGGAGCUGGAGGGUUAACCGUACAGUGGAAACGGACAUACAUUUUGUCUCCAAGGCCUUUCCAAACCUUAAUUCUCUGAUGUCACGCCAAGUUGGUUCAACGAAGAAAGACAUGGGGCUUUUCUCAAAAGGACAUGCACACAUGGAUGUCAUACUUGACAGGAAGGCCUAUGCCCAAGGUGAAACAAUGGUGAUUGUUGCGAACAUCGCCAAUUCCUCCUCCAGUGAGAUGAUACCCAAAUUCAGUUUAAUCAAGGAUGUGGUGUACCGUGCCAACGGCCAUACCAAUCAUGAGAGCAACGUUAUCCACAAAGUGGUAGACAACUGUGUUAAAUCUCGAACACAGAGGGAUUUUUCCAAAUUUAUUGUGACUGUCAGAUGCUGUCAUAUUUUUUUUUCUCAGGCGUAUCUGGACAUCAGCUUUGCUUUCGAUCCAGAGGUCAUUUUCCCAGUUGUCAUUAUUCCUCAAGACUUAACUCCUGGCCCUCAGCCUGGUGGUACUAUGGGUCCCUAUCCAGCUGGGGCUAUUGGGGGCCCGAGUAUGAGCGACUUCCCUCCCCCUGCGGUGUCUAUGGGUCCCUAUCCAGCUGGAGCUAUUGGGGGCCCGAGUAUGAGCAACUUCCCUCCCCCUGCGGUGUCUAUGGGUCCAUAUCCUGUAUCCAUACACUCAGGCAGUUAUGGUUACCCAGGAGCCCAAAGGUCCUCCGCACCAACACCAGUGCACCCAGAUAACCCACCGGCGUAUCCUGGUCCCCCAGGUGUGUACCCUGCUCAGCCGGCACACACAAAUGGGGGCUACAAUAACCCAGUGCCGCCGCUGGCUGCUCUGUAUGGAUCUCCAUUUUCUUCUUCAUCAUCGUCUUCUGUGCUUCACCCUCCCCCUACUGCCCCAACAUUCCAACCACCCCCACCUGCCCCAGAGAUCCACCCAUCUCCCCCUCCUCCUCAAGCAUUCAACAUAUCCCCAACUGCUCUGACAUACACCCUGCUGCCUUCUGCACCAGUAAUGAACACAGAUUUCCUGUCUCAAUCGGAUGAAGCCCCUCCAGCAUAUUCACUCCUUUUCCCAUCUUCUGCUACUGACAAAUCUGUUGCAAAAUGAUAGAAUGUAUGCAUUGCUUAAUGACUGAAUCGGUUUAUGAAUUAAGAUGUAAACUACUAAUGCUAAGGAUAGUUUGGAAUCCAUUCACCUAUACUGUGUCUUUAACACUUCAUAUUAAAAGUGUGAAUGUGAAAUAUAAAUGGCACUAGUGCCAUAUUUACUGUUAGUAUGUGAAUGAAAAUAGGACUUUUGCAUUGAAUGCGAUGGCAGUGUUCUGGUCAGUUUAGGUUGCUAAUUGGCUUGUCCAGCUGCUAACAUAUCUUACUUAACUAUCUUACUCAAACCUUAAUCAUCAGGAUGCACGGUGUAGCCCAUGUUCUGUAGGAAAAGGGGUACUGAAGCAGGUUUCAUGUCUUUCUUGGACUAUGCUGAUGUGAUUUAUAGACCUGCAUCAUGUUGAACUCUUAAAUCUCUGGACCCAGUCUAUCAUUCUGCCUUGAAAUUCACAUCCAGUCAUGUCUAUGACACACAUCAUUGUAUUUUAUAUGAAAGUACUGGGUGUUCUUCUGUCCAAGAAAGACGUGAUACACACACAUAUCUCUUUAUCUAUGAGGUUUGCAUUGGUAAACUGCCAUCUUGCCUUAC